ACUCACAGCGAUUAUAAAUGGCUGCAGAACUGUAGUUUGUCUUUCGUUUUUGAUUCCUUAACAUUUGGUUACAUAACAAAUGAUUUGGUUUUGAUACGUCUGUACAAAAAAUCUACUGUCAGAGAUACCAAUUCCGAAUUUCUCAAAUACUGCCGUGAGCACCAUACGCGGUUAUUGUUGUAUAUGUUAAAACCAUGUACUAAAGAUGUUAUGAAAAUAAUAGAAGAGCAAACUUACCCUUAUUAUGAAAAAAUGGGAAGACGAAAAUCAGAGUUUCUAAUGAAAACACACCCGCAGAGAGUUUUAGAUGAUUUCGAAAAGUAUAAAAACACGAUUGACCUGUCGGUAGUAGCAAAAUAUAUGAACAAAAAAGAUAUAAAAGCGUUUCUAUAUAAAUAUUCAAACACAUUAGAUAUUUAUAAAGAUUACAAUUUAUUGACCCAUUUCAUAAAAAAUAUGGAACAGAAUGAAAGAGUAGAGUUAGUACAGAAAUGUUUUAUUAAUCAAACUGAAAUGCUAUUUAAUAAAAAAGAUAUGAAGUGGAUCAAUAGUUUGGUACGCACUUAUGAGUGGUACGAGUUAAUUCCGUAUGACUUAGCAUUUCUUGAAAUUAAAAAUCUUAUACUCAAAGAGAACUCUCCGUCAGAACAAUGUGACAUGCUAUCAGUCUUAAUAACUAGUGCAAAAACGAAUACAAAACAUAUUAAAUCAUUCCUCACGUUCUUAAUGGAAAUACACAUGAAUAUUCCCUUCAAAUACAAGAUUGAAUUUGUAAAUAAUCUACUUACAAACGUGUCUACUCACGAGUUGGAUGAGGCAACUUGGAACCUUUUGGAUCAAAUAUUUCACAGUAUGGAUGUAUACAUUGACACGGAGAACGAUGUACAACUGUGUCUGGAAUCUAUAAUUGUGCGUAAAGUUUUGAAUGAUGAAGCUGUGCCAGAAGUCAUCGAGCAAAAGUGCUCUUUCGGUUCCUUUAAAAAUAUUGUAUUAUCUUUGAAUGAGGAACAAAAAAAUAAAUUAUUUAUUUAUGCUCUCAAUUCCUUGGUGUCAAAAGUAAAUACUGAAAACAUUGUAAAUAAAUCUGAUUUUGACGGAAUUUUGGACAAGUUACAACGUGUUCUCAUUUUACUAAAUGAUUGGAAUAAACAAUUAUCUGAUUACCCAUUUAUUUACGAAACAAUAAAAACCCUAAUUAAAACAAAAGGAGAAAACGAGUGGACCACAGACCUAUCAUGCUUAUACAAAGUGAACAAAUCGUGGCGCAAGUACAUGUUUGAGGAGUCGCUGUCGCUCUCUCUGUGCGAGGAAACGUGCCUGAACGCUCUGAAGCACAAGCCACAGCUGCUGACGCGUCACGACAAACAAAUACACACGUUGCGGACUGACGACGCGGUCUCACUGCGGCGUGUGCUCGCGAAGCUGCGCGUCUACUGGCCGGACUCACUCGCCCGACACUGGACAGAAGCUUACAUGCAAAGUUUAAACGAACUGACAGGACAUAAAGCUAUCGUGGAAGGCCUUUUCAUGCUAUUAUCACAAAGCCAAGUCAUAGAUUUGGCAAGGAAAUAUGUUAAUGACAAUUUUAAAAUUAAUUGUAACCUCACUGACCAAACUGAAUUCAGUAUUCGGAAAAACAUAGCAAAACAAUUGCACGUAGCCAGACCACUAGUUCCUUUGGAUACAGUAUAUUGGUACACUAAAGGAGAAUACGCAAAGUAUGCAGUUCAGUCGCACAGUGCUAUUUUAUCAAAUUUAGGUGAAGUUGACAGUCGCGAGUAUUUACUAAAACUUCGUAAUGUACCGGUGGUUUUACUCAAAUUCGUACUAAAUCAAGCUUUCGCGAAAUUAAAAAUAAGUGAAGUUAAAAAUGUAUUUUCGAAUAUAUGGAAGUCUGCUAAGGAUCCUACUUCCAGAUCCGUUAUUUACGAAUAUAUUUUCAAUCGUAUUUCAUAUUUUUUCAAUGAAAAAUUCCAAGAUGAUGAGUAUCUAUGGGAAAUAUUAAACAUUUGUCUAGAUGACUUAAGUGUAGAAGGAGAAAGUACAAAUAUUUAUGAAAAAUUAAUGGACAUCGAUAAAGUUCCUUACAGUAAACAAGCUCUGUAUUACAUGAAGAGUUACCGCUACCUUGCCUCGUUGCCCGAUGAGCUUGGUUGUGCAAAAUAUGUAAAUGAGUUAUUUAACUGCGCAAAUAAAAUAAUCGGUGAAUUAGACAACGACUUUAUCGUUAAUAUAGUAUUGUCUUCUAUAAAAAUACAAUUCGGUUCGAGUAUGUUUUGUGAUUCGCUUGCAAUGUUCGUACUAUAUUGUGAUAGUGAAGAGAAUCAACUUCAGAGAUAUAAGAAAAUUGAACCAGCAAUCGAGGAAACGUUUAAAAAUUGGAAAACUUUAGCUUCAUACAGACAGAAUUUCAUAUUAUUUUUAGAUGCUCUGGCGCAUUUUUUAGUUACAGAUUAUAGCAAAAAAAUACCAAUUCCUGUUAAACUGUUUACUGAGUUACAAAAUAAAAUGCAAAAUUGUUUAUCAGUGUUAGAAAACUAUGAAAUGCAUACAAGCUGGAAGCUUCUUAUAGAGUACAUCAAAUUGUUAAGUGAGUUAUGUGUUAGACAAAAAGAUAAUCGUCCAUAUAACUAUUGGAAAGUGGCUUCAUUCGGUCCAAUCCUAUUAGAAUAUUUAAAAGAAGACGUUGACAAGUACAGUCCGAUGAUACACAACAUGUUUGCUACCGCCCUAGACAAAAUGUUUAAAAUGUUAUGGCUACGUGACUACAUAAUAGUAGAUCAUUUGAGACUCAUGUUAAAUGAAGAUUUUGAUCCCGCAUAUCUCGUCGUUUCUAAAAUUAUGCCCCAAUAUACAUCCCACAAAACAAAAUACUUACAAACACAAAUACUCAAAAAGUUUAAAUCAAAUCUAUCUAAAUCAGUACAGGUGCAAUUUUACAAUGAAUUGUUGAAAUAUCCAGAAGUGCAUAAACUUUUCAUGUCAAUUUAAUUUGAAUCUGUUAAUAUAUGUUACUAUAAAAACCCGUAUACGAGUUAAUAUUAGGUUAUCCCUGAAAAUCUUAGGAUUUACUUUAAGGAUCGAUAAAAAUGUAAGAUUAUUUUCGGGCUUUUGUCAUAAGAAUUUAGUAUAAGCGUGAAAUCGCCACUGACAGCUGGUAAAUAUUAGUUUUGGGAAUAAAAUAAUGAGUAAUUCUUAAUAAUUUAUGUCGGUCAAAACCUUACUUAUUUUUAUGUUGGCGGGGACGAAUGCCGUCCGGCCUCUAUCAUAUUUGUAGUCCCUUAGUCAGCAAUUAUGCCAUCCGCGAGAAGAGCAUGUACCAUCAGGUGACUCGUUUGCUCGUUUGCCUCCUAUUCCAUAAAAAGAGCAAAUAAACAAUUAUAACAAAAAAUGUUACGU